AUGUCGUAUCGUGGUGCUGGAUAUAGAGGACCGCCGGGAGACCGGUCACGCUCACCACCGCGGUUCGCUGACCGAAGGCCAUCUAAUGCCAUUGUGUACGAUGCGAGACACAACAAUGGACAGCCUCCGCCGCGUACCGAUGCGCCAAGAGGACCCAGAUCGCAGUUCGAUGGGCCUCCGCUCCGCGGACCACCACCCGGCGGGCUCAAUCCUAGCGGGCCCCCUCGCACGCUGAGAGAUGCACCGCCGCUGGGCAGUGGUCCCAGACCCUUCAGAGAGCGCGACUUUCCCGAUCGUCGCCCGUCGCCACCGCUUCGCGACAGGUCUCCGCCAAGGAAGUUCAACGAACCCCGGGACUUCCCGCCACGCGACAUCGAUGUUCGCAGUGCCAGAAGAUCGAGCAGAGAUGGUCCCCCAUCUGCAGGUUCGAAUUUCUCUGAAAGUUCGCCCUUCUCAGGGCCUUCGUCGGGUUUUAGGGGCGGGUUUGGACGCGGCCGCGGCCGUGGAGAUUUCGAGCAUCGAGGCGGCAUUCGCGGAGGACGACGCCCUUUUGACGACCGACCUGACCUGUUCCGACGCGAGCGUAGUCCGCCGCCACGGUUUGGGCGUGAACCACCGCGUGAGGAUCGUGAGCCCGAGCGUAGGGAGGAACGAAGGUUCGAGCGUCGUGAGGACGACCGGAGACCAGAAUGGCUAGAUCGAGAACGAGAGAUAGAUCGAGCGAGGAGAGAGCCACCGCCUGUUAGACCAGAUACUAGGAUUGGCGGCGAAACGGUGUCAAGCCAUGCGCCGCCCCCAUAUCAGGCCCCGCCGGCGCCGCCCAUCAACCCUGAGCGUCUUGCCAUCAUUGAGAGCUCUGGGGCAGAUACUUCGAUUCGUAGACCGUCCAUGGCCCAGCCUCCUCCCGUAGCACGGGAGGCGCGACGUGAGCCUCCUCCGGAAACACCGUCGUACCUCAAUGGUCGAGCUGAAAAUACUGCAAAUCGAUAUGGAUCGCGUGGUUCUUCGCCUCCCACCCAGGCACCACCUGUUCCAGCUUUCAGCUUUCAAGUUGCUCCAACUCCGGGGGCAAUCGCACCGCCACAGGCACCCAAGGCCAUCACGGAGGCACGGUCUCUCGCAACAUCUGAACAUGCGAAUCACUACCAUGAUCCCAGACCAUAUGCGGAUGAAAGACCUGCGCCGCCCACCAAUGCGCCCACUGCUCCCAAAGCUCCGCCGGUAGCUCCCAAAGCCUUUCACGCCAGCCCCCCACCCAUGGCGCCUAAGGCCCCACGUGCGCUUGGUAUCGAUCCCAACGCAGCGCCUGGCGGCAGACUGCAGGGGGUCCGAUCGAUGGAAAGUCUUGCGGGAUCUCAUCCUGCAAACAGACCGGACAGUCAUUCUGCACAGUCUGCUACGUUGCCUCCAUCGCCGGGCGUCGCUCGUCAAUCUUUUCCUCACCAGGGUCAGCCUGUGCCGCCGAUACCUCCACAGUCAUCACGUCAUGCAGACUUGUCGGCUCCUACCGGUCCAAAGGCCACAAGAAACAUCGUCGGACAGCCCUCCAUCUCGCCGCGGGUGGACACUGGAGGCUUCCAGCCGUUUCAAGAUCAAGCUGCCAGCCAGCGAGGCACGACACCACCUCCAUCGGCACCAUCGGGUCCUAGGAAUCGCUCGUUUAGCGUUUCGCCGAAAGCCGCUGCAUCUAGCAUUCCCGGCAUACCCACAGGCCCCAAGGCUGCUCGAGUUCCGUCGAUGGGACACAGCAGGGUUCCUGAUCGUCCCUUACCACCACCAACUCGAGCACCGGACAGACCUGUGGGAACAGCUCCAUUUGCACCGCCACCCGGCCCCCGCUUUCAAGCGCACCGAACGUGGACGCGGCCGGGUGUUCUUCCUUACGGCAACAAGCCCGGCCCUGCGGUACCAUCGAAACGAGAUGCCAAUGGCGACGAAAAGGCGCGAAUACAUCAGCCAUCUGGACAGAAUCCCAAUCUCGAAACUCGKAGUGCUCAGCUAGAUUCUCAGAUACGUCCGGAUGAACUUCAGCAUCAAGGGUUUCAGCCGCAAUUGUCAACCUCUUCACGUAGCCGCGAUGAUCGGAUGGACAUUGACAGUGAUUCCUCACAGCGCAAACCGGUCGCCACAGAAGGCCACUCCGCCAAACAAUCCUUCUUCGGCAAGACUCUGGAUCGGCCCGAAGAUCUGAUUGACUCCAGUAGCGAAGAAGACGAACUGGAUGAGGAUGAAGAUGCCACGCUUUUGGAGGCCAAGMACAAAAGAAAGGAGAGAGAGCUCCGGGCGCAGAUGAUUGACCUCAGCGCGCGCGAGUUUCGAGCAACAUCACCAUUGGAGUCGAUCGCCCGCCUUGCCCGCCUUUCUGUGAAGGACAUUCAACGGCACAGCGAUCAAAAUGAAGACGCCAUGGACGUGGAUAUGCCCGGAUCAGAUUCAUGUCAACCGGUGGCCCCUCCACCAGAGCAGCAUGUCGWAAGCGACGAUGGGCCAGAAGUCUCCACACCGCAGGGCGAAGAUUCUUCUGCUGUCGUCAUUGAGGAGUCAGAGCGUCCCCCAGACACAAUUCGCCGUUACCGCAGACCGAGUCCAGAUGUGAUAGACCUGCCGUAUCUGUUGAAACGUGAAGAUGUUCCACCGUUGGAGAGAACAGCAACUUUUCAAGAAAACGUUGCGCGCUUUGAAGAGUCUCUACCAGACGUCAUGGCUCUAGCGGAGGAAGAGCUGCAAGCCAAAGACGACGCGGAAGAGCUAGCGAUGGCUUCGUUCGAGCAUCAUUAUCGCACAUGGCGUGAAGACUGCGAUGCACUGGAUCGAGCCAAGGAGCAGCAAGAAAAGCUUGUUCGCCAUCAAUCAACGGAGCCGGGCCCUGAAUUGGACGCCUCUAUGGGCCCCUUGGCGAAUCCACUUCUGGAAGGAAGAAGGCUUUACAAGAACAGCAGCGAAUACGAGAUCGAACAAGUGCUCAAGCAGUCGGAAGAGACUGCAAGAAUAGAGCAAGAAAAACUUGAUCGUGAAGCAAAGAAAGUGCAAGCUGACAUGGAGAAAGAAGCUAGACUGCCCGACCAACAGACCGCGAAUAUCGUUAUGCGUACAAGUCUGGUCGAUACCAACAGAUUACGAGAUCCCGAUGCGCUCACACUGGUCUUCUCUUACGAGCCACCUGUUGAUGAUUUCACAGACAGUGAACAGCAGAUCUUCGUUGCAGCUUUCAAGGACACGCCCAAGAAGUGGGGCGAGAUCGCGUCUCUGUUACCAGGCCGCACUUACAAGGAUUGCAUCGCCCACUACUACGCCAACAAAUGGGACGGACGCUUCAGAGAUAAUCGGGCGAAGAAAUUCAAGGGUGGCCGAAGGGGUGGUCGCGGCAAAGGCCGUCCAACGAGAGGCUCGGCACUCAUGGCUGAUCUGAAUAGAGGUGAAGAACUGAUCCAAGCGUCGGCGGACUCGGCCACUGGUAGGCCCAAGAGAGCUGCGGCGCCGACAACAUUUGGCGAACGUGAGAUGGAAGCCAAGGCGUCUCUUGUUGGCCAAUCACCGGCCAGGAAGCUCGGGCCAGGCUCAAAGCAAGAUGGUAAUGGAGAUGCGGGUGCAGAAAAGCCUUCGAAGAAACCCAGGCGAACUGGUGAAGUCAAACCCGGGCGGAAAGGCAAGUCUCAGCUGGCAGCUUUGGCGGCAGCUCCAAUCGUGUCUUCUAACAAGCCAUUUGCUCAAGGCGUGCACUUGAAAGACGAGCUUCAGAGGAACCAGAAGCUUGAAGAGGCGAAUCUGCUCAUGAAUGUGGGCAUUCACCCCAAUAUGAUACAUCAAGACGCCCGUGGAUAUGGCCAGGACGCAUACGCCAUGCGUGCAAACGUGCAAGCAGCGGAGGACUUUGAGCGCUCCAAGCCAACCGCGCCCUCUUCGAAGCAAGGAGCAUCGAGCUACUGGUCCGUGCCUGAGCAAACUGACUUUUUCAAGUACAUUGCCCACUUCGGCACAGACUUUGGAGCCAUCGCAACGCACAUGGGGACUAAAACGCAGACCAUGAUCAAGAAUCACUACCAGCGGCAGGUGGAAGGUGGAAGAUCCGAGCUCGAGGACCAAGCUAUCCUUGCAAACGCCCGCCGUGACCGUGGAGAGGAUGUCGGACCGCCGCCUACGCCCACACCCAUAAUCAAGCGCAAAUACGACAAUCCACAGACAAGCAAUCCGCGCACAAUUGCUCCUCAACAUGAUGCCAUGGAGACGGACGAGUUGUUACCAGGGCCAUCGCAUUCGGGUGCCCUGCCCAAGCAUGCGUCACCGCCGCAAUAUGUACCCAAGCCGCGCUACACGCCAUCGACUCAGGGCACCCCGAUCCCGGCACACCGCGCUGCGCCGAGCCCACUGCCAGCAUCCUCUACCCCGAUAGCCCCUCCGAUGUCAGUAGCGUCACUUCCUCGCGGUGGACAGCAGCAUCCUUUAGGAUCGCGCGUCAACUUCUUAUCGGAGGGCCGUUCUGAACCCCGACCGACCGCACAACCGACGUCUGCGUUCCGCAUGGCCCAUGAAUCAAGCACCACGCCGCGCAGUCAGCAACCCACGCCGAAGAUCGCUCAACCAAUCUCGAAUGCGCCCGCGGCCGGAUCGUACUUGCAGAAUCUGCGAGACGAGCAAGAGAGGGCGAUCCGCAUACAACAAGCCGGAAUACAUCAAGAAGGACGCAUCGAGGAGGUGUCGUCGCGGCCAGGAUCGAUGCAUCUAUCACACCCCCAAGGAUCACCUGCAAACCAACACAUCUCCAACCCGAUGGACAGGAAUGUACCAGGAGAGGAGCGUGCGCCUUCGCCGCCCCGCGGCAUGUUCAUGCCCCCAGGAACUGGGCGUGUGCAGGGAUUCCCACCAUCUGGAAUUCCGUCCAUGGGAGGGACGCCUCUAUCGACAUUUGCGGGACGCGGGCAAUACCAUCCAUCGCCGAAGUCAGACUUCAUGCGGCCAGGCUUGGCAGCAACGCCUGGCCCCCCGCAGCAUCCCACAAUAUCCAUGUCUGCUGGACCUUCGGCGCCAACAACAACGCCCAUGCCUGCAGCAGAGCCCCCGAAGCGAUCCACUCUGCUUGACAUAUUGAACGACGAUCCUGAAGAGGCCAAGCCUGUGCCCAAACGGGAAAGUUUGACAUCGGCGCCCACAAGAGUCGCCUCUCCUGCGCAAUCGUCCUACCAUGCUACAUCGACACCUCAACCCAUGCCUGGCAUUAUGCCUCCCAGUAGGAGAGAGACCUUUGGACAGCCAUCAAUGGGUCAAGGCCACUAUCAGCGAUCGUCCUUUGGACAUCAAGGCUCGUCUACACCUGGUCCAAUUCUCAAGCACGAGCACCCGUCUGGUGGUGCUUCAUCUGCACCACAGGCGCCGCACCAAGAUUGGCAGUCUCGAAUGGGACAAGGUGGCCAACCCAGUCCUCCAAAUGCAUCUCCUCUUGACAGAGACAUGCGUCCCUCUUACUUGGCUCACCGUAGCAGUAUGCUUCAAUCGAUCAACCCUGCUCGCGUCAGUUCGCCUCCGCCGCAUAUGAUGAGCCAUUCGCGAACGCCGUCACUCAACACAUCGCAGACUGCGCAGCCUCCUAGAGAACAUCGAAAUGUCAUGGGAGGUCCUCCGCAAAGUCAUCAUCAGACUCCACAAGGGAUCCACUCGAGCCCAUACGGCAACCCACCGCAGCCCUCGCCAUUCUCACAGCCGCCGCAGCAACAUCCCACAAGAGCAUUGCAUACUCACAGCGGAUCUCUUGGUGGUGAUCCCUCUCUGCUUCCACGCUAUGGCAGCGGUCGUGACAGUCAUCGUGACGAGCUCAUCAGGCGUGAAGAUGAAGCUCGAGCUCAGCAAGAUCGCGACGAUCAAGUGAAGCAACGAAUGAAAGUCGUGGAAGCCGAGAAGCAAGCAGAACGACACCAUCAAUAUCAGAAUCAGAGGCAAAGUGAACAGCGGUUCCAGGAGCAGGAAAUGGAGCGACAGCGCUUACAGCAGCAGCAAGCAUUCCCUCGUGGUCCGCCACAAAUGCCCUCAGCCUUCGGCCCUCCUUUUGGUUCUGGUCAGCAUCGCUUACAACAGCAUCAACAGCCAAUGGGCGGAAUGGCAGGGAUGUCAAUGAGAGAGGUCGAAGCACACCACCAGCAAGAUGAGCAGCAUCGCCGUAUGCACCAUCACCAGCAGCAUGACAAUGAACGCCGGCGCCAAGAACAACAUCACCAGCAGCAGCAUCAGCAUCAGCAGCAGCAGCCGCCGCCGCCGCCACCGUUCGCACGGGACCGAGAUCCGCAAAGUGAUCAGUUUAGGAUGCGGACGCCAUUUGGAACAUACGCUCCACCCCCGCCACAAAGGCGGCUUUAG